AGAUAUUGCAAAAGCGAGCCUCCCCCAAAACAGCGGCUCUCCCUCCCGAGCGCGACCUAGCCGCCGCCGCCGCCGCCACUCGCCGGCCGAAGCCUCCGCUGCCCCGCCGCCGGUACAGGAGCCUAGCAGCGCCUCCCUCCCUGGAGCAGGCGCUCCCACCCAGCAGAGCCGCCGCCGAGUCCAUAGGCAGCGGUGGUUCGGGAUCUAGCCAUGUCAACCAACAAGGGCGGAGGCGGAGGGAAGAAGAAGAAGGAGGUGAAGAAGGAAACAAAACUGGGGAUGGGGUACAAGAAGGAUGAUAACUUCGGGGAGUGGUAUUCUGAGGUUGUUGUUAACAGCGAAAUGAUUGAGUACUACGACAUCUCUGGUUGUUAUAUCUUGAGGCCUUGGGCGAUGGAAAUAUGGGAGUUGCUGAAAGAAUUUUUUGAUGCGGAAAUAAAAAAGUUGAAGCUGAAACCAUAUUAUUUCCCUUUGUUUGUUACGGAGAAUGUUCUGCAGAAGGAAAAAGACCAUAUUGAGGGCUUUGCCCCUGAGGUAGCGUGGGUUACUAAAUCAGGAAAAUCUGAUCUGGAAGCUCCUAUUGCAAUCCGUCCAACAAGUGAGACGGUCAUGUAUCCAUACUUCUCUAAAUGGAUAAGAAGCCACCGGGACUUACCUUUGAAGUGUAACCAGUGGUGCAAUGUUGUUAGAUGGGAGUUUAGCAAUCCAACUCCUUUCAUAAGGAGCCGUGAAUUUCUUUGGCAAGAAGGCCAUACAGUUUUUGCAACUAAAGAGGAGGCAGAUGAAGAGGUCCUCCAAAUAUUGGAACUCUACAGGAGAAUAUAUGAAGAAUUUUUAGCAGUUCCAGUGUCCAAAGGGAGGAAAAGUGAGAUGGAAAAGUUUGCUGGUGGACUUUAUACAACCAGUGUAGAGGCCUUCAUUCCAAAUACUGGCCGUGGUAUACAAGGUGCAACUUCACAUUGUCUUGGUCAAAACUUUGCAAAGAUGUUUGAUAUCACUUUCGAGAAUGAAAAGGGUGAACGGUCCAUGGUGUGGCAGAACUCUUGGGCAUACACUACCCGCUCGAUUGGGGUCAUGAUAAUGACACAUGGUGAUGACAAGGGCUUAGUGCUGCCACCAAAGGUGGCACCUAUCCAGGUCAUUGUUAUUCCUGUGCCAUUUAAAGAUGCUGACACAACAGCUAUUAAAGGGGCGUGUGAGUCGGCCGUUUACACCUUGAACCAAGCUGGGAUUCGAGCAGAUUUGGAUGCUCGUGAAAAUUACUCUCCAGGUUGGAAAUAUUCUCAAUGGGAAAUGAAAGGUGUUCCUUUGAGAAUAGAGAUAGGUCCAAAAGAUCUGGCAAACAAGCAGGUGCGUAUUGUCCGGCGAGACAAUGGUACAAAGGUUGAUAUUCCUUCAACCGACUUGGUUGAGCAGGUUAGAGUGUUGCUGGAUGGGAUUCAAGUAAACUUGUUGGAAACAGCGAAAGCAAAGAGAGACGCCUGCAUUAAAAUCAUCAGCACCUGGGAUGAAUUCAUAGCGGCUCUCAACGACAAAAAGUUGAUCUUGGCUCCAUGGUGUGAUGAAGAGGAGGUGGAGAAGGACGUGAAAGCUCGGACCAAAGGUGAACUUGGGGCUGCGAAAACAUUGUGUACUCCAUUUGACCAGCCAGAUCUUCCUUCCGGAACCGUGUGCUUUGCUUCCGGAAAGCCUGCUCAAAAGUGGUCAUUCUGGGGUCGCAGCUAUUGAUCUGUGUUCUGUCACCUUAUACAUUGGCAUUUUCGUGGAUCGUUUGCUCUGGCAAAGCUGUUUAUUUCUUAUAUAUACUACCUGAUUUUUGAGUAAUGCUUUCCUGUGAUACCUGUAACUGCGGAUUAGUUGUCCAUUUGCUAUUUCGUAAUGAUUGCAUGUUGAUCAGUUCGGUGUCGAGAAAUAUACAUUGUGUCAAUGUUGAGGAUAUCACUUAUCAUAAGCGUUUCGGUCCGCUGGGGAUUAGA